UUGUGUUUUGCAAGACGUUUCGCACUGUACUUUUGGACCAAAUAUUAGCGGCUUUUUACCGUCGUUUAUUUUCAAAAAUCGGAGGAAUUAAAUCUAUCGAAUUGAAUGUUCUAUUUUCGAUCGCUGGAAACUAAAUAUCUAACGUAAAAUUUAGGCGAAAAAUCUACUAAAGUUCGUUAAUUUUUGGAAGAAUUUAACUGUUGCGUUAUAUGGUAUGUGAUGUGGUAUAUUCGUUUUAUAUUGAACUCACCAUUACAAUUGUACGUUUUUGAUUGUCGAAGGCAUUAAAGUCGGCUAUUUUUAAAUAUGAAUGCACUGAAGCAACUAUUGAAAAAAUCGUCAAAAUCUGAGUCAUUCUCUAAAAUAUUUCAUGCAGAAGCCAAUCAGUAUUUCGAACAGAAAAAAUAUUUUGAUGCUUUGCACUCGUACAACAAGAGCUUGUGCCAUGCAAAACCAAAUUCAGUGGACCUGGUAAAUGCAUACACUGGUCGUUCGGCCGUCUACUUUGAAAUGAAGCGUUAUGCCGAUAGUCUCGAAAAUAUCAGACUCGCUCGUAUUCAAACGGUGUUCGUAGAGAACGCUAAUCUUGAUGAGCGCGAGUCUUGUUGUAACGAAUAUUUAAAGGGCGAAAACUUCAACAACGCUGGAGAGAAAUUAUCGUUGUCCUAUGCUGCACACUCACGAGUUCCGUUUCUAGCCAAUUGUCUAGAACUGAAUGAGGAUGUCAAAUUCGGACGUUACAUUAAAACGAAUCGAGAUCUUAGGCCAGGCGAUGUAGUUGCAAUCGAAGAGCCACUCUUAAAGUUUAUUGGUGUUAAGGCGAGGCAUAUUCACAGAUAUCAGCGAUGCUACAACUGUUUCAAGUCAAACCAUUUAAAUUUACUACCCGGUCCUCAUUCAGUGAUGUCGUGUUCACAGGCUUGUCACGAUUUAUCUGCGGAAAAGAAUUUGGAUUUUGACGAACUGAUUGAAACUGAGCUCGAUUGGAAGGUUGUAAAAAUGAUUCGAAUCAAGGAUAACUCACUAGAAGUCACGGGUGGUUUAGACAAACUUCAGGAACUGUAUUACGGCGGAACGAAAACUUUAUUCGACUUUGAUCUAAGUCAUUUGCACGAAGGCGAAUUACAAAAUGCUCUGUUGAAAUGCUCAAUUUCACUGAUUGGAGGAACAAACGGCAAGACAGAUUCUAAAUUAGAUGUGUUCAAAUUGAUGAUUGGUGCGUAUGAUGAAAGGUACAGAGACUUUUUGGUCCAAUAUGUUGGUUAUAUGAUGAACGUCUGCCGUAAGACACAAUUUUCCUUAAAUAUGUUCGACGAACAACUCGGGCAAUUCGAAAAAAUUGGUAAUUGUUUGCUACCAUUUGGUGGACUGCUAAACCAUUCGUGUGAUCCGAACGUUUUCUGGGUUUCCGCACAUGAAAAGUUUGUCUUCAUCGUCGCAAAACCGAUCAGAGCCGGUGAACAAUUAUUUAUCUGUUACAGAAAAACUUUCUUGGAAGAGCCAUUAGCUAGCCGACAGAAAGCACUGUUGGAGCAAUAUGGAUUUAAGUGUGAUUGUCCGGCAUGUAAACUCAAUUAUCAACCAAAAAUUAAUGCAUCUAUGGUCAAUGGUCUACAAAUGGAAUACAUCCGUGACCAUAAAGCUCACUCAAUUCGUGCCGAGGUGAUGAAGAAUUGGAAUGAACUUGAAUCUUGCUUCGAUAAGCAUACACCUCAUGAAACAGCAGAGAUUAUUGUAAAAAAUAAGUUUCUUCUUGAAUUCAUGAAUUCAAAAUUUAUGUGAUGUGAUUGGCCUCGUUAUUAAACUUUUUU